AUGAGAACAAUUUUUUAUCCCUGCCUUGGAUCACAACAAAUACCUGGUUUUGUAUUCAAUAAUCAAGAUUAUGAAGGACCACGAACAAUAUUUGCUCCUGCAGCUAUUAGAGCACAUAUCAAAUCAUUUCAUCAAUUAUUUAUUAUGAUAGCGUUCCUUUUGAUGAUGAUUGCAUUUGGUAUAUUAACAAUUAUCAUUGGUUAUAGUAAAAGAUAUUCAUGUUCAGCUUCUUAUAGUGCACCCACAACAUUAAUUGCAUUUGGAGAAAUUGAUCUUAUAAUUUGUAGUAUUAUUAUAAUAAUCGUAUGUAUUAAAAAAUCUAAAUAA